AUGGCCUUGUUCAGUAGUGGUCCCGGCAGUCCUGGUGCCAAUUGGCUUCGAGCGAGCCCGCUCGAAAUUCUGAUAACGCGAGCCACGACGGCGUCAAUGCCAGAGCCCAAUUAUGCCAUUCACCUCGAAGUCGCGGAGUAUAUCAACCAAAAGAAGGCAAACACACCUCGAGAAGCCGCGAUGCUCAUCGCUCGACUCGUGAACCACCGGAACCCACACAUAGCCAUGCUCACACUCGCACUCCUCGACACCCUCGUCCAAUCGUGUGGAUACCCAUUCCACCUUCAGAUCGCAACAAAAGAGUUUCUGAACGAGCUCGUCCGUCGCUUUCCGGAACGUCCGCCUCCAUUCCCAGGUCCGGUUAUGUCCCGUAUACUCGAGCUCAUACAUACGUGGAAAGAAGGAAUUUGCACAGACUCGAGAUGGAAGGAUGAUUUGGGGAAUAUCAGGGACAUGCAUAGACUGUUGACCUUCAAAGGCUAUAGGUUCAGAGAUAUGCCAAGAGGGAACAGGAACGAGACGGCUGUCGCCACCUCGAAUCUUAAAUCCGCUGAAGAGCUCGAGGAAGAAGAUCGUGAAGCCCAAUCGGCCAAGCUGCAAGAACUCAUUCGACGAGGGACUCCCCGAGAUCUCGCGGCCGCGCAAGAGCUCAUGAAGACCCUCGCCGGCGCAAAUCCGGAAGCCAAGCCCGACUACAGAACGCAAGCGCUCACGGAACUGAACAAGCUCGAGCAGAAGGUCAUCUUGUUGAACGAGAUCCUGGACAAUGUGGAUCCAGAGAGGGGGGAGGCGUUCGCGAAGGGUGACGUUUAUGAUCAAGUCGCAUCGAUAUUGAUCAGUUCCAGGCCGAAGAUCCAGAAAUGGAUUUCCGACGCCGAAUCCGAAGACCCAGAAUCACUCGACACCUACCUGCAAAUCAACGAUCAAAUCAACAGCGUUCUCAACCGCUACGAAUCUUACCAAAAAGGAGACUUCACGGCGGCCGCAAACCCCAUCCCCGCUGAACUCGCAGGCUCGUCCGUGCAGAACGAUCUCUCACUCAUCGAUUUCGACGACGCUCCAACACCACCUCCAACAUCGUCACAAUCACACUCCAAUAACGGGAACGGGACACCAGCGGAUGACCUGGCAGGACUAUUUUCGGUGUCGGGGUCAGCGCCGGUGCACGGGUAUGGGCACGGGCAAGGCGCCGGGUCGAACGGGAACGGGAAUGGGAACGGGAUUGCGUCGAUUAUGUCGCAGUUCAAUGCGGCGCCGGCGCAACAGUCGAAGUCGUAUUUCCAACAACCACAGCAGCAGCAGCAGCAAGCACAACAUCCUGGUACACGAGCGGGCAUGGGUAUGGGUAUGGGGUCACACCCAAGCUUUGGUGGUGUUGGUAUAGGUGGAGCAAUGGGGUCAGUCCAGCCACAGUACAGCGGGGGCAUGGGCGGUAUGGGCGGUAUGGGAAUGGGAGCAGCGUCGGGAUCGGGGUCAGGAACGACAAGUCCCCAGUCCCAGUCAAGGCCGUCGUCACAGUUCGGACAGAUCAUGCUGCCGUCGACGCCUAAGCCGAUGAGUCCUGUGGGAACGGGGACUGGAGGAGGAAUGGCGGGGACGGGUGGCAUGCAAGGAGGGCCACAGCACCCACAGCAGCAACAGGGACAACAGCCGCAGGGCAAGGAUCCAUUCGCGGAUUUGGCGGGGUUGUUCUGA